UGCAUUUUAUCCUCACAAUACUAGUCUCCAUAGUUCGCAAAAUCUCAUCCCCUCAUUCGCCCCCGAAUUCAUGUCUCUCUUCAUAGCCAAUGGCAAUGGUGGUGGAGGCAGAAUCCUCUACACCAACCCCACGAGACACCACCCUUACACCCACACUCCAUGCCGUCCUCAAUUCCUGUUUCCACUGAGAAGAUCACCUCAAGAUCACCUCCAUAUAGUCUCAGCUUCCAACAAGAAACUUUCCUCUGUCUCUAGAAUUGGCAGGUUUGACAGCAAGAACAGGAGGAGCUCAACUACUUCGACCAAAGACCAAGAAGAGAAUAAAAGGGAUGGUAGUGGUGGUGAUGAAAAUUUUAAUGGUGAAGUUAAAAAUGUUAGUACAAGUGUUGGUGAGAAUUAUGAUGGCUAUUUCUUGCCAGAGCUUCCUGGGGAUGAGCCUGAUUUCUGGGAAGGCCCACAGUGGGAUGGUUUUGGUUUCUUCGUGCAGUAUAUGUGGGCUUUUGGCAUUGUUUUUGCGCUAGUUGCAUGUGGGAUUGCCGUGGCUACGUACAAUGGAGGGGCAGCGGAUUUUAAGGAGACACCUGCAUACAAAGAGUCAAUCCAGUCGCGGGAUCUUUUAGAAGAACCUGAAGCAUCUAAUUCUGACGUCUUCGACUCCAAUCCAACUGAGGUGGCACCUAGUUUGGAAUAGUCACUCUAUACUGAAUGUGAAGAAUCUCUACUUCUGGACUAUGAUAUAGAUCCUACAAAAGAAUGUCCUUGAUUGACAAGGUAAUGCUUCUAUUUUGUAACUUUUCAAAUGUAUGUAUGUAAUUAUUUUGUGAGAUAUUGAUACAGAAAAAUUCCUAGUAUGAGUUCAGUUUACUAGCACACACUAUUUUUGUGUGGUUGUCUGAAA